AUGACUCGUUUUGGUCGAGCGACCAAAUGCCUGAUAGAUACAGCAGUCACUUUGCUGCUGUUGUGCUGUGCUCACAGACCCCACCGUCAGAGUUCAGUUCAGAACGUGAAAAAGACCGACUCGUUCCAGGAGUGGCCAGAUUCCUACGCGAAGCACAUCUACAGCUCCGAGGACAAGAACGCGCAGCGGCACCUGAGCAGCUGGGCCAUGCGCAACACGAACAACCACAACUCCCGCAUCCUCAAGAAGUCCUGCCUGGGCGUGGUGGUGUGCGGCCACGACUGCUCUGUAGAGGAGGGGCGCAAGAUCUACCUGCGACCUGCCAUCUGCGACAAAGCCCGGCAGAAGCAGCAGCGGAAACGCUGUCCCCACUGCGAUGGACCUCUGAAGCUAAUUCCUUGCCGAGGCCACGGGGGGUUCCCAGUCACCAACUUCUGGAGGCACGACGGACGCUUUAUAUUUUUCCAGUCAAAGGGAGAACAUGAUCAUCCAAAACCAGAAACCAAGCUGGAAGCUGAGGCCAGAAGAGCCAUGAAGAAAGCUCACACGGCGUCUUCCUCCGUCUCCCUGCACCUGAAGGGGAGCCCAGGGACAAAGUCUCUUCCAGGUGAGACACAAAGCCAAGGGAGUUUACCUUUAACUUGGUCUUUCCAGGAAGGCGUCCAAUUACCUGGUAGUUACAGUGGACAUUUAAUAGCUAACGCUCCCCAGCAGAAGUCCCUAAAUGACAGCCUAUCCCUCUCCAAGAGUUAUGGUUCAGGAGGAACCACCGAUCUGGCCGACCAGACUUCUACCUUGGACCCCGCUAAGCUCUAUGAAAAAUGCAAAUCGCCCACUAGCAGGACCUACAGCGGUGGAGACCUGCUUCAGCCUUCUGCCUCCGGAGUCUACGCGGAUUACAACGAUCUGCAAACCUGGAAUAAAAAUGCUGCUUUGGGGAAAAAUUCUCUUAGUGAAAACUGCUAUCCCAAUUACCCUUUUCCUCUGACCAGCUGGGCUUGCAACUUCUCUCCUUCCCAGAACUCUUCAGAACCUUUUUUCCAGCAGAUUCCAUUGGAACCACCUGCAACCAAAACUGGCUGUCACCCAUUGUGGCCAAAUCCAGGAGGUAAUCUUUAUGAAGAGAAGGUACAUGUGGAUUUUAACAGCUACCUGCAGUCCCCCACAUACCACUCGCCUCAGGAAGACCCCUUUCUCCUCACCUACAGCUCCCAUCCUCACCAGCAGUAUUCCCUGCCAGGCAAGAGCAGCAAAUGGGAUUUUGAUGAAGACGUGACGUACAUGGGUUUGGAUCACUGCAACAAUGAAAUGCUUCUGAACCUCUGUCCCUUAAGAUGA